AUGAAGGUUAUUCUUGCAGCAUUCAUUUCCCUCGGUUCUGCCCAGGACGAUGGUGUCGUAGCGUACAACUAUGAUGACAACACCUAUGAGUACUCCUACUCCUACUAUGACGACAGUUCAAGUCUUGACGGAGAUCUGGCUCGACGAAAGAAAAAGAAGAAGAAGGCCAACAAAAACUACACAACUCCACCUCCAACAACAACGCCUCCAACAACUUAUCCUCCUACAACGACCACUUCUACAACAACCACGACGACGACAACUACAACGACCUACACAACGGACAACUACGGAGCUGAAGCAAGCCAGUACGGUUAUGACAGCGGAGCCAAUCAGAAUGGCGGAGCCAAUGGUGGAGCAAACUAUGGCAACAACGGAGGAUAUGGCGGAGACGGCGGUGAAGACGAGCCAGCUUCAAACUUGAGCUGCUGGACUUGCGUCGCUACUUCUAUCGAAGAUUGCCAAGCCAACGGAUCGCUGGUGAGCUGUUUGGAAAACGAAGAAUCCUGCGAGCUGGAAGUUCGCACGCGGCUUAACUCGGAAAGCGGUGAUUAUUUCGUCGAGCAAAUCAUGACUGGCUGCAAACAGAAGCUCGCCUGUCAAAACAACCAGUCGAACAACUUCAUCGGCAAAAUGGGCAAUUUCAACAAGAAAAAGGCGGAGACUCAGUGUCGACCGGAAACGGACCAGGGCUAUGAUCACUCGGUUUGCAGACAAUGCUGCUGGACUGAUAAUUGCGUGAACGCCGAUGGAAACUUCUGGGAUCCCCAAACCCGAUGGCAGUGGGGACAAAACAACGGCCGAUACGGAGUCUGA